CUUGAUAAUAUUAAUCGUUUUGCUAUUCAAUGGUGUUCUUACCAGCAAAGUCAAGGAAUGCUAAGCCAAAUGCGAUUCUCAAAUAAAUAUCUGCGUCUACACAUGUGCUUAAUCUCAACUGAGAUAAUCAUUGGAAAGUUAAUCCAAAUGCAAGAAAAUGUGUGAUACAGUAAAUAAGGAGUGCAAAACUUCUAAAUGCUACUUGGAAAGCUGAUUGAACAAAGUAAUGAAAUAUCAAUAUGAUUUAAAUAAUGUCAAUAAACUUUCACACUUCAAAUCUUAUGCAAAAACUAUAUCCAAUCUUCAAAACCUGUCCAAAUAGAGAAACAGUUUUUACAGAUCUCAGUUAAAGUGUCAUUUUUAUGGUUCAAGAAGAAGGUUAAUCUUCUGGAACACAUACAUCAAACAGAAAUAUAAAAUGCAUUAACCAACUUACAUAAGCGAUACUCUUUUAUUACAUAUUCAAACUUUUCUUGACUGA